AACAUACAUUCUAAUGAAAUACGAUGGAAUCGCGUCGGGUCAUUGCCGACUCAGACGAUGAUUGCUCGUCAAUAAGUGCCGAGAGUUCCCCUCAAAAAGACAGGCCAGUCGCCCCAGUCGCCAUCCCCAAUGGCACUAUAACAGAAGCCACCCCACCAUCAGUUUUGGAGCCAGCGCUACGGCUAGGAACAGGCUCGACAGAUUCUGUACUCUUUGAACGAAUCCGCAGUGAUUAUUGCGGUGCUCUUGACAUCACAUCUACAAACGAGUCGGCACCACAACUCUCCCCACGUCCGCCAGGGCUGGACGAACGGAUCAUAAACCAGAGAAUGUCUUCUUCAAUAUCCCAAGAAAGCGUCAAAAAACUCAAACGGAGCAAUACGAUGCAUGGCUCAUCGUUUACCUCUAUUUCGGAGCCGACUACCUCCAAUAAGAAGGCAAAGCGCUCGAAAAGUAUGAAGGCAUGGGAAGGGACGACACAGGUUACAAGCCCCGACCAAUCCAAAGAGCUUCGACAUGAGAACAGAGGCGGAGAAGAAAGAGAAAGAGAUGAGUGGGACUUCCCAGGCAGCAGUGCUCCGGGUACUUCAGCUGCAAUUCUGAGGAAUACGCGGCUUGAGAAAACAAUGGCUGAAAGAACAGACGAGUUGGAGCUCCUGGGGAGCAUUCCCUCCGCUAGGCCCUCGGAAAUAAAUGAUAUGGGCACAGAGUCCGGGGGUAGUGGGUUAAUAACUUAUGGAAAGUCGAGGAGGACGAAGACAAUGGGCGACCAAGUGCCGAGUUCGUCGCCAUACGUGGAGCCACGACGAAGAACAAAGGAUGACAGCGAAACGGUCAUCGAAAACAAAAAGAGGAAAACUAGGCAAGGGGUUGAAGGAGAACUAUUUCCCAUGCUACCAAAACCUAAGCGGAAUAAACGAGCCCAGCCUGCCAACGACGAGUCUCUCUACAAUGCGAGCGUCGCCGUAGUUGAGGAGCCACAGCUUCCACGGCUUAGCGCCUUGCCAACGUCCUUAUCACAAUAUGUUUCAAAUGAAGUCGGCAUCAGUGAAGGCUCCACCGAGCAAGUCUCAAUCGUGAAAGCAACAAAUUUCGACAAGGUGGGUUCAGAUCUCAUGGCACACAAAACGCCAACAGAAACUGUUCCAAACAGCCCUCGGGAUACUUCACAGGAUGUCUUUAUCAUCCCAGACAAUAAUCCUGGACAUGAGUCUUCCGAGUUACCUUCAUUUGAUAGAGGACUUACCACGAUGGUUAUGGCAAAUAUGUUAACAAGCAGCCAAAAUAAGGAGUACAUGCACUAUGGUGCGGCCUCAAGCGAUAACAAUCACAUCUACUCAUUGCCGGAUAUGAUGGAACCAGCCAGAGCAUUAAAACUCACAGAUGCAUCCAGCACCGUUCCAAACGAUACUCCUCGUCCAGACCGUUCGGCCGUUUCUUCCGCUAUAGACUCAACAGGAGUAACCUUUCCACUUUCAUCAUCUCCUGUCGUCAAUUCGGGUCGAAAGGUCAAGAGGUCAAAGACUGGGCUUUCAUCCUCGGCAAGUAAGCCGAAUCAGCAGAAACUAUCUCGUCACAAGUCUAUGGGCUAUUCCGAUAGGGAAGUUUCUGUCGAUGAACUCGCGCUUUCGCAGCCGCGACACCAAAUUUCGCCCAUUCGUGCCGCUCAUACCGUGUCGAUUGAGUCUCUGAAUGACCAGGAAAUUAAAACUGUUGACAUUACGACCUCCGUCAAUCCGCCCUCAAAGCAGAAAGCGAACGAUGCAGAUCUUCAAAGCUCGCAGGAUUUUGGCCAGGUAACGGAAAUGUACCAACCGCGUCUCAGUGCCAGGAGAUCGAAGACCUUGAGCGCCAAAGCAGACAUUAUUGCAAAUGAAGAGUUUGCCAAGGGGCUGCCUAUGAAGAGAAAGAGGAGGAAAAUUACUAAGACGAAGGAGAUCGUGGAUGAGCCUUCGGCUGAUGAGAUCGGCCCUUCGGACGAAUCAGCACAGACCCAGGCGGAGGAAGCUGAAAGACCAGAAAAGAGGAGCAAAGCAGCACAUGCCCUCCCCGAUACGCCCAAGUCUGCAGCAGAGUCACCCGAUGAAGUUAUUGAGGUUGAAAAGGUUGUGUCCCAUAAGCGCCGGGGACGACAUUCAAAGACUCCUGUGGAGAAAUCGGCGCCAAUAAUCGAAGAUUCAGACAUGGACGACGAUGAGAUUGAAGCCACUCAAAAGCCUGUGGGCAAGACAGCACAGAAAGCCCAAUCUAAAUCGAAGGAAAUUGAAGCCACUCAAAAGCCUGCGGGUAAAAAAGCACAGAAAUCUAAAUCUAAAUCGACGGAAAUAGCAGGGAGCGAUGAGGAAGAAGAUGAAGAUUCUGGUGAUGCCGACACGGACCAUGCACCAAGUCGCAACCGUCCCACGAAACCCACUAUUCUUGCGCCGCCCCAGUCAACUCCACCGCCGAAACCAACGAAGGAGAUGCAGACACCGAGCAAGCCAUGCACUCCGCAUAGUCCUCUGCAGAGUGGGAAGGUGCCGUAUAGGGUUGGACUGAGUAAGAGGAAUCGCAUUGCGCCGUUGCUGAAGAUUAUCAGGAAGUGAGGAGAGAGAUUUGAGAGGCGUUUUUUUUGGACCGGAGAAUAGCGAUACCCAUUUGCUUGUUUGACCCUGAAAGGGGGUUGGCUAUGAUGUAUGACUGGGUGGGUUGUCUGCUGGCUUGGGUGUUGGGGGGCGUGAUUAUAUUGCUCUGCUACUAGCCCUGAAUGCGAUCUAGUCAUUAUUAUGACGAGUUUGAAUGAUAUAUUCUCGUGAAAUAUACGAACAC